CAAACUGUCAAAAAUCAUAACUCAUCUUUCUUUGCAUUUUCCAUUCACAUAAAUUUCUACAUAAAAAUAAAUAAUAUAAAAUUAGUGUCUAAUCUUGCAUUUUAUCAUUUUUUAAAAAACGUUCAUGCUAUAGAAGCUAUCUGCAUUUAAAAUGCACAAUUAGUACAUUCACCGUUAAAAUGAAUUUACAAUCACUUUUUCGGGAUUUCAAUCCCAGCAAAUUCAUUGUCCAUUGCAGUUUAUUCACAUUCAUAACACUCUUUUGUCUGCGUCUAGAUAACUACAUUGAUUGGCCUUAUUGGGCUAUAUUCGCACCACUCUGGAUAUGGAAAGGUAUUGCGGCCUUGGGAGCUUCUAUUGGGGCUAUCGUGUGGUGUCGAUAUCCUCAUUAUAGAUUGGAAGGCGACUCUUACACCCAAUUUAAGGCAAUGCUCAUCUCGUUGUCCCUUCAUUUGAUUCUACUGAUGUUCGAGCUAUUGGCUUGUGACAAACUCACCUCGAACCGCAAUCUCUGGGUGCUGGUGUUCAUACCAUUGAUCUUCGGUAGUGUGGCCAGUGUGGGAGCAUGUGUUUGGGCUGUUAAGCACGACCGUUCGUUCGAGCUGGAAUUAUUCCUUGCAGUGAAUGCUUUGCUAUUUGUUUCAUUGCCUCUGAAAUUAGAUGGCUUCGUCAAUUGGAGCUGGGAAGUUGUCAUUGUUCCAAUGUGGAUUGUUGUUUGUUUGAGCUUAGUUAGUGUCCUCUAUAAUAUCAUUUUCUGUGGGAUCAUGAUGAGAACUCCAGAAAUAUCAUUGCAGCAGAAAAAAGCAGCCCUAAACUCUGCCAUUGGCAAUGCAUGCACCGUUUUGCCAUUACUAUGCUUUCAGGUGAUAAUUGCAGACAAGCUUGAUAAUGAAUUGAAGUUCCCCUUUAUUGUGGUCUUUAGUCCGCUGCUGGUGGCCAUCUUUACGCUCAUCAUCCUAAGCUUCAGCGCCAAAGGUGGCAACAAAUGGUGGUUUGGAAUUCGAAAGAGUUUCAGCCAAUUCCUACUAUCGACCAUGCCAUUCCUACAAGAAUACGGUAACAUAUCUUAUCACACCGAUAACGGUGGACAAUCGAUUCCUUUAGAUUCGACCAAUGUGCAUCUCAGUGAAUACGAGAAACACGAUAAAAAGAGUAAAAAAGGUCUCAAAAAUGACAGCAUGAAACCUGUUGUUCCCAUUAUAAGUAUUGAUUUACCUGAUUAGAUAAGAUUAACUUAUUAAUUUAAAACUUCAUAUUCAAACAAAAAAAAAAACAAAAACAUCCUCCCAAAACUCAUACCUUUUAACUGAAACACACAAAAAAACACCCUGUAGCACAAAAAAUGCAAGCACUUCUAACCCAAUCGAAAAUCCUUUGCCUCAUCUUUCCUAGAAUCUCUGUUCUGCAUUACAAAACUAUCUACACUUUGGCCCCUAACCAUAAAAGUAUAAUAAACUCCUAUAAGAGUAUUGAUGUAGUUAUUGUAAUAAAAUAAAUGUUUUUUAAAUUAAAUAUUUUCAAAAACUAAAAACAAAAGCAACAAACAAGAUUCAAAGGUUUUAUAUUGAAAAUUAAUUUAAAUAUAAACUAUAAUGAUAACUUCUAGAAUAAAAGAGUAAACAAAGUGUUACAUAAAUCGCAUUGAUUGAAUCAAAAACUUGCAUACAAUAAGAAACCUACAUACAUCUAGUUUUUAAUGAUUUUUUUAAUUUGUAUUUUUAAUGAAUAUAUUUUUUGUUUUUUAAAUUAACUAUAAGUUCUUUGUUAAAUAAAUUAAGGUGAUUUAUUGAAAUUUAGUAGUAAGAAAACAGAAUGAAACCACAAUUAUAUGUAUACCUACUUAUUUAAAAAUGUAUGAAAACAUUUAAAAAUAUAAAACAAAAAUUGAACUUAUCGUAAAAACAGAA